AUGACCCUCAAAUUCCUCCUCACCGGCGCGACCGGCGGCCUCGGCGCCCAGGUGCUCGAGUACUUUACGGCCCACGUCCCGUCGAGCGACUACGCCGCCGCGUCAUCCCGCGCGGAGAACGCCCGAGCGUUCACGGACCGCGGCAUCAACUUCCGCCAGGUCAACUACGACGACGUCCGCACGCUGGACGAGUCCUUCGCGGGCGUCGAGAAUCUGUUCUUCGUCAGCACCAGCACCUUCGACAACGUGCGACGGAGAAUCCAGCACCAGAACGUCGUGGACGCGGCCAAGCGCGCGGGGGUGAAGCAUGUCUGGUACACGUCUCUGGCGUUCGGCGGGUUCAAGUCCGACUCGGGCGCCGCGGUGCAGCAGGUGCACUAUAUGACGGAGGGGAUGCUGGAGGAAUCCGGCGUGGUGUAUACAUCUAUCCGGGAGGGCGUCUAUACCGAGGCAUUCCCUCUUUUCCUGAACUGGUUCCCCGAGAACAAGAAGAUCCUUCUGCCCGCCGACGGCGGGGUGGCCUUUACGCGUCGCUCGGAGCUGGGGGAAGCGACGGCGAAGUUGAUCCUGAAGGGGGGUCAUGAGAAUGAGAUCGUCCUGCUCACCGCGCAGGCGAGUAUCACCUUCCAGGAGAUCGUGCAGAUCAUCAACGAGACCACCGGGCGAGAUGUGCAGCUGGAGUUGGUGGCGCCGGAAACGUAUAUCGAGGUGAACGGCGCCAAUGACCCCGGGAAGAAGCCCGCGGCGUUCUUCGAGAAGUUGAUCUCGUGGUAUGAAGGCAUCAGUAAGGGAGAUGCCAGCACGACGGACGGCCUGAUGGCAGAUGUCCUCGGGAGGGAGCCGACGCCUGCCUCUCGGGCUAUUCGCGAUCUCCUCCACGACAACCCGGAUUAUACCUGGCACCAGAACUAUGCUUGA